AUGGGUCAAUGGUAUUUGUCAAAUUUUAUAUUAACAAAAGAUAUUUGUGAUUCGUUCCCUAAUGAAAUAAAAUCGUUGCCUCUAUUAAAAAAACAGUAUCAUGUUAUGAAGUGGUUAAUCAAACAACAAAAUUUCUACUCAGCUGAAAAUUUUAUGAUGAUGGGAAAAGCCUCGCUUUUUAAGUGUAGUAAAUCAUUUAAUCUUAUGGGUCUUACCGACAAUCCUGGAUCACAUAAAAAGUUAGGAAGACAUGUUACCGGUUUUAACGAUGUUACGUGGAAUGAAUAUUGUUGCAAUAUUGUCAAAAUUGGUAACUACCUCAAGUUUAGUCAAGAUGAGAAUAUUAGGCAUAAACUAAAAGAAACUGGUUCGGCAAUACUGAUAGAAGGAAGUCCAUUAGACAAAAAUUGGGGAGUUGGUCUAAGGUUUGACAAUCCAAAUAUCGAAUAA